AUGGCUUCGUCUGUGACAUACACGGCUUCGGAUGCAUUUUUUGAUGCUCUGAGCGAGUUUGGCAUUCAAGCCGUAAUUGUUCAUGUUGGUGUUGGAACUCAAGCUCUGGGGGCUGCCAUGCGUGAGUAUCUCUGCUUCUUCGACCUAAGCCCACAAUCCUCAGAUGCACCAGAUCAAAAGGCUCUCGUUCGACAAUAUUGUCGCUACGUAGGAGAGUUCCGUACGGGGUCUACCGUGAAGAAAACUGUUGCACGAGCGCUGCAGUUUGCUACUAGUGAUCCCAAGGGACCCGUAUAUCUGGCCGGAGCCCGAGAAAUGAUGGCCGAGACUGUUCAGCCUCAGAAAUUUGAUGCUGGACAGUACGGACCUAUCGGCCCCUCUGCCUUGGUCCAAUCUGCAGUCAAAAAAAUUGCAGAAGCUUUGUUAAAUGCUAAGUCGCCUCUCAUUAUUACCAGAUAUUCCGGUAGAAACCAUGCUUGUCCUGCAGAGCUAGUCAAAUUAGCAGACAUGAUUCCUGGAUUGCAAGUUUCAGACACCAGUGGUUGUGACAUGUGCUUUCCAGCCUCACAUCCUGCAUACCUUGGUUUUCGUCUCAGCUUUGAUAAAUCUGCAACCGAAGCUGAUGUGAUAUUUGUUCUGGAUUGCGAUAUUCCAUGGAUUCCUUCUCGCAAUCGUCCUCGUGAGGAUGCAAUCAUAUAUCAUGUUGACGUCGAUCCCCUGAGUUCCACAAUGGGGUUGUCUUUUUUUCCCGCAGAAGGGAGAUGGAAAGCGGAUAGUUAUAUUGCUUUAACCCAAAUUAAUCAGUAUCUUACAACCUCAGAGCUUGCGAAGGAAAAACUCGCAGACGAGGAAUCUGCAAAACGACAUAAGGUUGUUGCCAAGAAAUACCAAGAACGCAUGGAAUCCAUCGCUAAGCUUGCAACCGCGCCUUCCGAUGGCUCGCUCGAUAUUCAUUACGUUGGAGCCGCGCUAAAAUCCGCUGCACCACGGGACACAAUAUUUGUCGUCGAAGCUGCAACGUGCGCAAUGCCUUUAUCGGACCAACUACAAGUAGAAAUCCCUGGCUCUUGGAUUAAUUCUGCUGGUGCCGGCUUGGUAUGGAGUGAUGGAGCGGGUCUGGGGGUUAAGUUAGCAUACGAUGCUGCCGGGACUCCAAAGUUUGUUUUUCAGGUCGUGGGUGAUGGAACCUAUCUAUUCACAGUUCCUGGAAGUUUCUAUUGGACUGCAUCUCGAUACGGUAUACCCGUUUUAACAAUCGUGCUCAACAAUAGAGGGUGGAACGCACCACGCCAAUCGCAUCGACUCGUUCAUCCAACAGGCCUUGGUGCCAAAGCGUCGAAUAAGGACAUGCAUAUAUCAUUAGAUCCUUCUCCUGACUAUAGCGGAACAAAAAGCAGCAGCUGGGGAUAAUUUUGGCUCCCUUCAGGGUAGCCUAUUCGCAGCGAAAGUUUCUACAACUACGGAACUAAGUGAUGUGCUCAGCAAGGCUGUGAAAGAGGUUCAAAAUGGGCGUGGAGCCUGUUGUAGAAGUAGUAUUGAAUGUUGAUGAGAUGGGCGAUUUCAAAACGCGUCGAGAAUGAACACCUUCGAAAUGAGAUUUUUCGAUUGUAACUUCCAACUUAUCAAUCAUAGCAAAAAUUACAAUUUUUGCGCAGCGUGUUUUGCUAGUCUUCUUGUUUGAAAGCUUUUUGAUCACUCCAAGUAAUGAAC